CUUCAGCAGCGAGAUAUUCUUUUGCAUUCAAGUCUGAAAGUUCGUCGUAUGAACUUUUCUUCUGUUGCUCGUGAUUUCGCAUCGGUAUCUCCUGAAGCAGUUCAUCUGGUGUCAGAGUGCAUAGCUAGGGGAGACAAUCAAACAGUCUACUCUGAUGAGGAGCGCAAGGUUUUGAGUCUCAUGGAUCAAGUGAAAGUUGUCUCGUCCCAUCUGCGAGGAUCAGCAGCUGCUCGACUGCAUAUGCGGAACGAGAUUCGAGGUAUGAUGAUGGCUCAUGGUCUUCCUAGUUUCUAUAUCACCAUUAAUCCUGCAGAUGUUUACAGUCCUGUGGUG